AUGGCUAUUUGUAUCACUUUUGGAACGCAUGUGCCUCGUCUGGCGUUAUCAGAGCUUGGGGCAGAAUACUUACGUGACCGAAACCAGCCCAUAAUCCCGCUUGCCACGCACAAGUACAAAAAACUGAUAUCUGGCAGUAUUCGGCCUGAUAUCACACCGGACACGCGGCCUCCAGCUCAACCAUAUGGGUACCCUGGGCCCCAAUGGGGUCCACCCCAGCCUCCUCCGAUGGCUCAUGGGGCUCAGAAGCCACCCCAGGGGCCGCCAGGUGCUGAGUACAAGUGA